CGCGCUUCCAUCGUUCAAUGAGCGCGAGACGCGGAGAGAGCGAAUCGUUGGAUACCUGUCAAGCUGGAGAGCUAGUCGGUCUCACUUCCCAGACUCCUCCAGACACCUCUGCAGUCGGAUUCUACCAGCAAGCCCGACGUCCGAUCCAGAAUGAAGGCGAUCAGUCCCGUUCGCUCCGUCAGAAGCUGCUAUGAAGCCGUGUGCUGCAUCUCGGAGCAGAGUCUCGCUAUCAGCCGCUGCAAGAGUCCCAUCGAGGAGCUGUCCGACAUGAAUGACUGUUACUCCAAACUCAAGGAGCUGGUGCCCAGCAUCCCUCAGAACAAGUCCGUGAGCCAAGUGGAGAUUCUUCAGCAUGUAAUAGAUUACAUCUUCGAUUUACAGAUCGCGCUGGAAAACGAGACGGACACACAAAACACGCCUGACAUGUUCAUGUCAAUGAAGAACUCAGAGAUGAGCCGCAAUUUCUCCAAAGAGGAUGAAGCUAUGUGCCAUUAGGACAGAGCAACGACAACGUUCAAUGGUGCGGGAUAGAAACUUUUCUCCUCCACUUAUGGAAGAAAAGAGAGUGAAGGGGUGAGCCGGGUGAAGGAGUGAGGCUCUAUUCAGAGUGUGGGAAAGCAAUCUGCACCCCUCUCGAGCUGUCUAUUCUUUGGUCACUGGACACUUGAACAAACCAAAGCCGAGGAUUUUUUAAGAUCACAAAAAGAAAAGCCCUCCGAUUUUUUUUUUCUUUUUAAUCAUUCCUGUUUUUUUUUUUUUUUGUGGCAACAA